UUCGCGAUUUCUGAAUUACUGGAGUUGCUCAUGAAUAGAAGAGAUAUCUUCUCCAUGCUCAAACAUGGCAAGGAGGCGGGGAAGGAAAGUGUACAGGCCAAGCCGAAAAUAGUACGGGAGUUCCAUUCGUCAACAAUUUUCAGCAACAACUGGAAAUUCACGGGCACUCACCUCAUAUCUAACGUUCCCAAAGAUAUACAGAUGCCGAGUUCUCCAGUCAAAAUAGCGGCAUUUGACCUUGAUGGAACCCUUGUCGACACCAUUUCCGGCUCUAAGUUUGCCCGGGGUCCCAAUGACUGGAAGUUAUGGCGGAACAUUGACCAAUCGCAGUCCCAGGUGGUCCCUAAGCUCAAGCUGCUUGUGGAGCAAGGCUACACAAUAGCCAUUUUCACUAACCAGGGUGGAGUUUUGGGUGUACCCCAAGCCAAGUCAUACCUCAAUUUCCGUGAACGGGUCAACCUGUUUGUGGGACACGUACAAAAAGAUAUAGAGCAGUUCAAGCCGCUAGUGUUUGCAUCUCCUAAGAAACCUUCGGCAAAGAAGGCCACUCUCAAAGUUUCGCCAGAUGAGUACCAUUUGGUCAUGAGGAAGCCACAGGUGGGCAUGUGGAAUCAGCUCAAGCGAGAAAUCGGUGUCGAAAUCGAUAUGGAAAAUAGUUUCUAUGUGGGGGAUGCUGCUGGCAGAGAUACUGAUUUCCUGGAUAGCGACAAGGUGUUUGCCAACAACCUUAAGAUCGAGUUCAAGGUGCCAGAAGAGUAUUUUUUGUGAAGACACUCAUAUAUGCUCAUAAGGUUCAGUGUAUUAUUUACAGCUAUUUACAAGUUACACUUUCACAUCGUCUAAAGACUCCACCACGUCGGCCUUUCCUACGGUCUCGAAGUAGGAGAUCACAUCAUUGACACUUCUGGCGUCUCUGUCAGAUACAGCCUUCGGUAAAGACUCUAAAACCUCAUUUUUCAACACAAGAACCUUCUCAAUGUACCCUACGUCUGUUUCGAACUUGGAAGCCUCGUUGGUGUUUCUCGGGUAGUUCUUGAGAAUAAAGUUGGUGUCAUAUAUGCCUUGAGAGGUAUUCAUAUAGAAGGAUACUUCAUUUCUAAUCAAGGCCGUAAUCAAUCCACUGGGUAAUGGCUUGUUUUUAGACUUCAAAUCCUGCAACAAAAAUGAAUACCUCCUGGUGUUAUCCUCGGUCUCUUGCUGGAUCAACACUUCAGGGUCAAUUAUCUUGACUUUGGUGGGUUCCAACGCCUGUUGUAACUUUACAACAAGUGCAUUGUCUUCAACAUAUGGAACCGAAUAAAAUUUAUACUUUCCAGCAAGGUUGCCCGAUACUAAGCUUGUACGUCUUUUGAUACCGGUGGUCUGCUCGUACUCGUCCAAUUCCUUCUCACUGCCGAAGCUGGUUUUGAUUUUCUUUCUAUCGACACGUUUGGCACCAAAAUAAACUGUCAAAGACGCAAGCACAAACAUGUAGAAGAGGUACCUAAUUCUGGGCUCCGACUUCUUCUUGUUGGCUCUUAAAGGGGGGAUGGAGGAGUAACUACGCCCAAACAUGUUUGCCGGGCGAGGCGUGGUCCGAAGCACAAAUUGUUUCAAGCCAGGCCUAAACAUGAUCAGUAGAAUUGUACGAUGUUUAGUGCGCACAAUAAUUUUUCACUCAUCCACAAAA